AUGCCUCCGCCGCCAGAGGAUGUUUCGGACGACGACUCUACCGGCGAUGCGAUUCCUUUCGAGAGUUCCGAGAAUGGCAAGAAGAAGGACGACGUGAAAGACGAUGAGGAGGCUUCGGAGGAAGAAGACAGUGACGAGGAAGGAGAAGGAAUAUACGUUGUCGAAAAGAUUGUGGGUCACGAGUUCAAGAAAGAUGUUCGUUGUCCCGAUCCUUGCGCCAACCCUGCCAUGGACUCUUCUGACUUGGUAUCAGGGACUUUACCUCUUGACCAGACAUUAGAGCCGGAGGAGAAUUUGCUAGAAGGGGCGAAAGAGGCUGUUGAGGAGUAUUUCGAAUCGAUAGGAGGCCGGCCGCAACCGCCAGAGAGGCCUUCAAAGAAGAGAAAGUCUAUGGCAGACCCUAGGUCAACACCAGAGUCAACCGGCGCAAAGAGAGGAAGGAAACCGAAAGGAGCGAACGGGACAGAUACUCCCGAAACCGGCGAGUCGGCCCCAGACUGGGUGCCGGAGGGCAAAAACUGGGAGCGAGAAGUCGCCAAGGUUGAGACGAUAAUCCGAGAUCCUAAGACCGGGGGCCUGAUGGCAUACCUGCAAUGGCAAAACGGGAGGAAAUCUCGUGUAUCGAUUGAACAGUGCUACGAAAAGAUUCCCAUGAAGAUGCUUAAGUUUUAUGAACAACAUCUGGUUUUCAAGGAAGCUUGA